GCAGAUCCUGGCUCAGGGCGAUGUCAGCCUGCGAUAAGCGUUUUCUUCGCUUUUUCAGCCGCUUCACAAAUGUUUUACUUGGCUUGCAGGCGAGAUGUUCUUUAUAUGAUAGCGGUUCCACAGUGCAGUCGCUCGAGCGAUGUUGGUUUUAGCUUGACGCGAAUGUUAAUCCUGCGUAAGCGUCGAUCAGAAGUUAAUACGGAUAAUGUAACCUGGGUGCCUCAU